AUGAAACGCGUCAAAUGUCUCCAUCGAUCUUCCCAAGUACCUAGCUACGAGGCUAGUUCUUGGCAUCUCCCGACAGAAAUAGAAUCAGAUAUCACAACUUUAGCUGCAAUCUGUCAAGUCAAACAUCAACAACGUACUCCCUUGGAGACAAGUGUGGAUGGAGAGGUGAGCCAAGCGGAGAGCUCAGGUGAUGAGCAAAUGGAUGGCGAUAAACAGCCCUGGACGAGCAUUGCCGCUUCUUUGACGGAGGAGGGUACGAAGUCGGUCAAGAUGCGGUUUCUCGAUCGACUGGCUGAGAUACUCUGCUACAAGAAGGAAGCGCACUUUGUAACUUGUACAGCUAUGCAGGAGACCAAUGACGAGGUAAAUAUCCUAGCGUUGAGGAAUGCUGAAUGGGAGGAACAGGACAUCAAGCUCUUAGGGGAGAUGGCGAGGCAGCUGGAACUAGUUGCAAACAGAGGUAUGCUUGGAAUUUUUAUUGAUAAGUAUCGAUCCGACCCCUCAAGUCUGAUUUACAAUCAAUACCAGAAUCCCUUGACGUGGAGUGUUUACCGAACCUCCAAGCGAUGCUCAGCGAAUACUAUAGUCCACGACUUACUUAUCAUGCAUCAAAGCUCCUCGCUCUAA